AGACGGUAUGUUUCUAAUAAGGUUCGAUACUCGCUGCGCGACUCGCCAAGUGAAAACCCGGGACCAACUUUGCCGGCCGUGGAGCUUCUCUGUAUUAGCCAUUCACAGAAGGAUGCAGGACCGUUGAUGAAGAACAACGAGAAGCAAUUUAAAACUGCGACGGAACUUUCGUGUCGAAUGAAACAAUGGAGAAGAGACCUGCCGCCAACGUCCGUGAUAAUCACGUUUCACAACGAAGCGCGAUCGACGCUGCUCAGAACGGUCGUCAGCGGAGGACGGUGAAGAGCUAUCGAGGAUACACAAAGUGCGAGUGAUACGCAACGAAAAGAGGGAGGGCUUGAUGAGGUCGAGGGUGCGAGGCGCGGAUGCAGCAACCGCCAGCGUGUUAACGUUCCUUGACUCGCAUUGUGAAUGCAACGCCGACUGGCUGGAGCCCCUUUUAGAGAGGGUGGCUGAGGAUCCUACGAGGGUCGUCUGCCCCGUCAUUGACGUCAUAAGCAUGGACACUUUCCAAUAUAUCGGCGCAUCGGCCGAUCUAAGAGGUGGUUUCGACUGGAGCCUGGUCUUCAAGUGGGAAUACCUGAGCCAAACGGAAAGGCAAGCGAGACAAAAGGACCCUACGCAGGCGAUUAGAACGCCAAUGAUCGCCGGUGGCCUGUUCGUAAUCAACAAAGCGUACUUCGAGAAACUGGGCAAAUACGACACUCAGAUGGACGUAUGGGGCGGCGAGAAUCUCGAGAUAUCGUUCCGUGUGUGGCAGUGCGGCGGCAGCCUGGAGAUUAUUCCGUGUUCGCGCGUCGGCCACGUGUUUCGAAAACGUCACCCGUACUCGUUCCCCGGGGGCAGCGGGAACGUUUUCGCCCGGAACACCAGACGAGCCGCCGAGGUGUGGAUGGACGAUUACAAACAGUUCUACUACAACGCGGUACCUCUGGCGCGCAACAUCCCCUACGGAAAUAUUCAAGACAGGAUGGAGCUGAAGCGGAAAUUGCAUUGCAAGCCCUUCAGCUGGUAUCUGAAAAACGUGUAUCCCGAGCUGGUUAUACCAACGAGCGAGGGUGGCCCCGGUGGAUCGUUGAAGCAAGGUACAGCGUGUCUGGACAGUAUGGGCCACCUUCUCGAUGGGAACGUCGGUCUUUACCCGUGUCACGACACCGGUGGUAACCAAGAAUGGGGCCUGACGAAGGACGGUCUCAUCAAGCAUCACGAUCUCUGCCUCACGCUGCCGGUGUACGCGAAAGGCACGACGCUGUUGAUGCAAAUCUGCGACGGUAGCGAGAACCAGAAAUGGAGGCACCUGGAGGGUGGUUUGAUCCGCCAUUCGAGGAUCCCGGUGUGCGUGGAUUCGAGAUACCACGCGCAAAGAGGCAUCACCGCGGAGAAAUGCGACUCGAACGCCGAGACGCAAAGGUGGCAUCUUUAUAAUAACAAUCAC